GCGAAAUUCCUGCGAGGACAGAGCAAUGGAAAGCAGUUCCGACUGGCAGUCUCCAACAAGGGAAAGCGCAGUCUGGUGCGGGAAGGCUAUAUGUACCGUCUGGACCACUCUGGGAGGGACAAGCUGUCCUGGAGAUGCAGCACUCGAGGGUGCCCUGCUCAUCUGAAAACCGACCCCCAGGCUGAGACUAUCUUGCAGGACAACGAGAGACCACAUACUCACGCUGUCGAUGCUCUGAGGUUUGAGAAACAGCUGCUCCGUGUGGCCUGCAAACGUAAGGCUGUUGAAGACUGCAGUACUCGACCCCAGGACAUCAUUUCAAAUGAGAUAACUCGACUCAGUGACUUGGGUUUAAGUCCCCAAGACACAAAAUUUCUCCAGCUUGCUGUUUAUCGUGAACGGAAAAAAGUCUUCCCAAAAAUGCCACGUGCAGUCAGAAAUGCAAAGACUGCCCAGCAAGGAAAAAAGUUAAGUGGUCAUCUAGAUGGCAUUACCAGCAUUCCACAGCCUCACAUUCCAAACUUAUCAACAGACUUUUAUACCCAGACACCAGCUGCUGCUUGUCAACCACAUUUUGAUAUGUUGACAGAGGAUGGGGGGUAUCAACACCCACCACCACCUCAUCAUCAUCAUCACCAGCAUCCUCAUCCUCAUGAUCACGGUGAGGGUUCCUUGCAGCAUCAUCCAGAUCUGCAACAUUGUGAGCCAGCACCUCUGAUGCACCAACAUCCUCCCAUUCAUCAGCAGCUGCAACCAUUGGAGAGUACUUUACCACAAACUAUCUUCCUCAGUAGCCACUCAUUUCCUGAUUCAGUUGCUGGGGCAUCAACUUCCGAAGGAGAGGCCACAAACACGGAGCAGUUCAAUAGCUGCACUGUACAGAAAAGAAUGUGUUACUCCGAUAUCCGACUGCAUGGUGACCUGCUGAAUGACAGAGUGCGAACUUUGACCUACAGACGAGCCUUACAAGAGAACAGAGAGAGAUUAAAGGGGUCAACAGUGCUCGAGGUCGCAGCCGGUCUAGGCAUACUCAGCCACUUUGCUGCCCAGGCUGGUGCUUCAGCAGGUGUGUGCUCAAUCCGACUAUUUUUAUACUAA